AUAAGACUUGAAACACUUGAAAUGUUUCCAAUUUUUCUGUAACAACUAGAGAUUUUCCACUGUUUCGUGCAUAUUAUGUUUUCUGAUCAUACAUAGACUGCACCUACGAGAUUGGAAUUAAACAUUCCCUUUCAUCUUCAACCUACGCAAAUAAUUAUUUCACCAGUUGAUCAUUAUUCACUGCACUCCUCUCCAUGAAAAACAAUGGCAUUGAUAGGAAUGCGCAAUAUGGUACACAUCGGAGAAAAAUCACACUCUCAUGUUUCACAGAUCUGUAACAGAGACAUAUGGGGCUUUAUAACGAGAGCCAUAUGUCGGAGGUCCUUAUUUUGCCAUGCAAAUAGAAGUCCUGGGUUUAAAAGUCCCACAUGUCAGGCAGAGUUGAGAGUCCUCAUUAGGCAGUCCUCCACAGGAGCUUCUAACACAGGCAGACAGAAACUUGUCAUAUUAGGUACAGGGUGGGCUAGUUACAGUGUGCUGAAGUCUAUAGACAAGUCUAAGUAUGAUGUUAUUGUCGUCAGUCCUCGUAAUCACUUCCUGUUUACGCCACUUUUAUGCAGCACGACUGUCGGAACUCUUGAAUUCAGGUCUAUCAUUGAGCCAGUCAGAAAUACAGGAUUUAGAAAAACAGACCACUUCCAUCUGUCCAGUGCGACCAGUGUAGAUCCAGUAAAUAAGGAAGUUUUGUGCACCAGUGUAUUGAAACCAGAUCUAGUCUAUAAACUUUCAUAUGACAAACUUGUAAUAGGAGUGGGAGCAUUAAGUAACACAUUCGGAGUACCUGGUGUCGAGGAGCAUGCAUUUUUUCUCAAGGAAGUUGCAGAUGCCAGAGCAAUACGCAACAGAAUUUUACAUAACUUUGAAUUGGCAAUCCAACCAGGAAUUUCCCCUGAGGCCACGAAGGCAUUGUUACAUAUUGUUAUUGUUGGAGGUGGCCCUACAGGUGUGGAGUUUGGCGCUGAAUUAUAUGACUUCGUAGAGCAGGAUGUUUCUCGCUUAUAUAAACAAGACUUCAGAGAUGUACGUGUGACACUUAUAGAAUCCAAUAAGAUCUUAGGAGCCUUUGACAAACGUUUGCAGAAUUAUGCUGAGAAGAAAAUAAAACAACGAGAAAAAUUUCAGCUUUUACAGUCCUCAGUCACAGAGGUGAAAGAGGACAGUGUGACCCUAUCAGAUGGUACAGUUGUGCCAUGUGGUUUAGUAGUAUGGAGUACUGGACUGUCAUCAAGACCAUUCACUAAGCAGCUAGACCUACCAAAGAAUGGCAGAGGCCAGAUAUUGACAGACUCGUAUCUCCAUGUGUUGGGUGAUAAGAGCAAGAGUAUAUAUGCAAUUGGGGAUUGUGCUGAUGUGGAGGACUUUACACUACCAUGUACUGCCCAGGUUGCUGAGAGACAGGGCAGAUACCUCGCUAAAUGCUUAUGCAUGGAUGCAAAGGAGAUUGAACCAUUUAAGUUCAAGAGUAUGGGCAUGUUAGCUUAUAUAGGACGCUACGAGGCAAUCACAGAAAUGUCAGAGAUCAAAUUACAAGGAGUCCCUUCUUGGUUUCUAUGGCGAUCAGCGUAUUUGACACGACUAGGAAGCUGGAGGCUAAGAAUGCAAGUGCCUAUUGAUUGGUUAAAAACAUUAAUAUAUGGACGUGAUAUCUCCAGAUUUUAGUUUCCAAGCGUGCAAUUGGACUUGAUUUUUCUGUUAAGCUGUUGCAUGAGAUCCGAUUCAUGUAAAAGGUGCAAGAAAAUUAAUGCCUUUGGUCAUGAAGUUAGCAUUAGUUUCAAAGUCUUUCAAAUGUAUUCUAUAUCGUAAUACAUUGAUAUCCAGGACGGAACAUUUGAUUGCACUUUCAUAAGAAUAUUAAAAAGAAAAAAUGGAAAUGUAUGUAAAAAAUGUGUCACUAUUUAUUU